AUGGUCUACAGGCACAGUUCCUGGGUCUACAUCCUCAUUGCCUGGGACUACAGCCUCAGUCCCCUAGGGUUCAGAGCUUCAGUCCUGGGUCCCACAGCCUCAUCCUGUCUAAAGCCCAUCCCUGGGUGUAGAGGCUCAGUCAGUGCCUACAGCCUCAGAGCCUCAUUCUGGGUCUACAGCACAGUCCCUGGAUCACAGCCUCAGUCCGGGGUCUACAGCCUAAGUCUGGGUCUACAAGCUCAGUCCUGGGGUCUACGCCUCAUUCCUGGGUCUACAGGCUCAGUCCUGGUUCUACAGCCCCCAUCCGAGGGUCUAGAGCCUCAGUCCCUGUUCUACAGGCUCAGUCCUGGGAUACAGCCUCAGUCCUGGUCUACAGCCUCAGUCCUCUGGGUUCUAACACUUCAGUCCUGGGUCCACAGCGCAAUCCUGGGUCUAAAGCCUCAGUCCUGGGACCUAACAGCCUCAGCCCUGGGUUCUAGCGAGCCUCAGUCCUGGGUCUUACACGCCUUAGUCCCCUCGGGUCUACGCCUCAGUCCUGGUCUGCCAGCCUCACCUCAGUCCCUGGUUCCUAGAGCCUCCAGUCCUGGGUCUACAGACGUCAGUCCUGGGAUAACAGCCUCAUCCCUGGUCCCACAGCCACAGUCCGGGUCUACAGCUCAGAUCCUGGACUACUGCCUCAGUCCUGGGUCCACAGCCUCUUCCUGGAUCUACAAAGCCUCAGACUCCUGGGGUCACAGCCUCAGUCCUAGCCUCAGCCCUGGGUCUAAAACCUCAGUUCUGGGUCGAUACAACCUCAGCCCUGGUCUCUACCUCAGUCCUGGGUCCAGACAUCAGUUCCUGGGUCCCACAGCCUCAAUCCUGGGUCUUAAAGCUCAGUCCUGGGUCUACAACCUCAGCCCUGGGUCUACAGCCUCAGUCCUGGUCCAGAGCGGGGUUAGGGUAAUGGUCCUAGGCCCUCCCACACCUAACCCUAACCCCCAAUGGAGAUCCCAGGCCGCCCCCACGCCGCACAUAGCCCCCCAGGAGGUCAGCGGCUUCUCCACACCUAACCUUAACCCAUGGAGAAUCCAAGGCCGCCCCCCACGCCUGCACAUCAGCCCCCUGGAGUCCCAGGGCUUUCUCCACACCUAA